CACGCACGCUUGCACACGCACACACUAAAUCUAUUGCAUCCAUGCAUAUGAACAGCACGGGCACUGGAAAGGUAUCAGGGCGCAUGUGGGGAGGGGGACAUUAUUCUACAUCACAUCACACGGCGUUACAUGGCGUCUUUUCCAGCGACGCACUUGCUCGCACUCUCCGUUUCUGACCCAUAGGAUUGUACGUGUUUUGUCUUGCACGCGCUGAUUUGAGUCUGUCAUCAUUGCGGACACAUUGCAAUAUGCAGUGAUGCUCUGACGCGAAGGCUAUGGGUUCAGGUGCAUCCUAUCCAAAUAUUGCCUCCAUCGGAGAUUUUUCAGCACCAUUCCGAUAUGCGAAGUGUGUGGGAUGUAAAUAAAAGAAGCGCAUGAUGUGGCUUUCCCUCGAGGAUGAUUGCUGAUGGAGAGACCUAUGAUUUUAAGACUGACAUUCUUCUGGUAGUAAAAAGAAGAACCUGGAACAUAUAAUCAUUUUACCUAUUGGAUAUCAGCAAAUCUGUCAGGCCAGAGUAUGCCAUCUGCACCAACUUACAGAAUCCUACGACCCCUCCUGCUUGGUAUCUUUUUAUUGGGAUGCUUUGUGACUCUGUUUUUAAUGUACAUCAAACCGUCUACGAGCUGGUUGUCAGGCCCCGUCGAGUCGGAAAUGUCCACAGCCCGAGUGAAAAGCCUCCUUUCCACCAGAAGUGAACAGAACCAGACCACAAUCCUGGUCUGGCUUUGGCCUUUUGGCGAAACCUACGACCUAAACGUCUGCAGCUCUUUGUUCAGUAUCGAUGGCUGCUUCAUCACCGCCGACCGAAACCUUUACAACAAAUCUGACGCUGUCGUCAUACAUCACAGGGACAUCACCAGCGACCUCUCCAACAUGCCGCCGGCUUAUCGGCCCAAGUUGCAGAGAUGGAUUUGGAUGAACUUCGAGUCACCGUCGCAUUCAUCUCAGUUACCUGGAAUUGAAAACUUGUUUAAUUUAACUCUAAACUAUCGGCAGGAUGCUGAUAUAGAAGUGCCUUAUGGAUCAAUUGUCGCAGCCCAAGGAGAGGAGGACUUUGUGCCACCAAGCAAGAACAAGCUCAUUUGUUGGAUCGUCAGCAAUUGGAACCCAGAUCACGUCAGAGUGAAAUACUACAAUGAACUGUACAAGCACAUCGAGGUUCAUGCAUACGGACAGGCUUUUGGUGAGUACAUUUCCGACCAGGACUAUUUCCCCACAAUUGCCAGCUGUAAGUUCUAUUUGGCUUUUGAGAACUCGAUUCACAAAGACUACAUUACUGAGAAAUUGUACAACCCACUUUCCGUUGGCACCGUACCUGUGGUGCUCGGACCACCAAGGGAGAACUAUCAGAACUUUGUGCAGGGAAACGCUUUUAUUCACGUCGAUGACUUCCCGUCUCCGAAGGAGCUGGCUGAUUACCUCCUGUUCCUUGACAAAAACGAGGAGCUUUACCUGAAGUACUUUGAUUGGCGUAAACAUUUUAAGGUUAAAAAGGCAUACUUCUGGGCUGAACACACAUGUCUGGCCUGCGAUUAUGUCAGAAGGCACAAUGAGUACAAGGCAAUUAACAAUCUUGACAAAUGGUAUUGGGGUUAAUCCGCACCUAAACCACUGGACCAGCUUAAUGAAAGUUGCUUGACAAUAAGAGCUUCGUGUAACUUAAUUCAAAUGAGGGUCUGUUGUGAGCACUUACAGACUUUUAUUUUUGUAAAAUGUCCCAAAGUAGCUGUACAUUUACUUCGUGUUCGGUUUCAUGUGUUUAUUAACCUGGAUGCAAAUCAUGCAUUUUAAUGAGUACAUAUUUAUUAGGAAAGCAGAUUUUGACGAAAAUGCGCAAGAUGCAUUUGAAUGGAUAGUUCACCCAAAAAUGAUGCAAAUCAUGCAUUUUAGAGUUUAAAGGGUUAGUUCACCCAAAAAUGAAAGUUCUGUCAUUAAUUACUCACCCUCAUGUUGUUCCAAACCCGUAAGACCUUCGUUCAUCUUCAGAACACAAAUUAAGAUAUUUUUGAUGAAAUCCAUUUCUUUUUAUCUCCCAUAGAAAGCAACGAAAUUACCACAUUCAUGGUCCAGAGAAGUAGUAAAUACAUCGUUAAAAUAGUCCACAUGACUGCAGUGGUUCAACCUUAAUGUUAUGAAGAGAAUACUUUUUGUGCACAAAAACAAAACUAAAACAAAAAUAAUGACUUUAUUCAACAAUUUCGUCUCUACCGUUAGUCUCCUACGUUGUUGAUGCAGUGAAGCGCUUCCGUGUUUACGUCCGAACGCAGGCUCAGUAUUGGCCGACUCUGUUCACGUGAGCAGCACGACGCAUAUGUGUGAUGCUGACGCAGGAGCCGGCCAAUAAUGAGUCGGCGUUCUGACGUAGAACCUGGAAGCUCUGCAAAAUUGUCUUCAAUGUAAACUGCAUAUUACAAUGACAGGGCACAAAAAGUAUUCUUGUCGCUUCAUAACAUUAAGGUUGAACCACUGGACUAUUUUAACAAUGUCUUUACUACUUUUCUGGACCUUGAAUGUGGUAAUUUUGUUGCUUUCUAUGGGAGAAGGUCUAACGAAGGUCUUUUGGGUUUGGAACGACAUGAGAGUGAGUACUUAAUGACAGAAAUUUCAUUUUUGAGCAAACCAACCCUUUAAUAAGUGUGUAUUUAUUUGAAAAGAAACAUAUUUAUUUUGACCAAAUGCACAAAUCCAUUUAAAUGUCCAUUUAAAUCUCACCUACGAACUUGUAUGACUUUCUCUCUUCACAAAAGAAGAUAUUUUGUAAAUGAUAUUUUGGAUGCAAAUCAUGCAUUUAGAGUUUAAUAAAUACAUGUACUUAAAGGGAUGUAAAAAUGCACUUAAAGGGAUAGUUCACUCAAAAAUGAUGCAAAUAAUGCAUUUUAAUAAGCGAGUUUAAUAAGUACUUAUUUAUAUAUCAAAAGAAACCUAUUUAGGUUGAACAAAAUGCACAAAAUCCAUUUAAAUGUCAUUAUUUACUCACCCAAUUGUUGUUCCAAACCUGUAAGACUUUCUUAAGUGGAACACAUAAGAAGAUAUUUUGUUAAGUGUUUUUGCCUAUACAGUGAAAGUCAAUGGGGUCCAAAAUAACACACAAAAGUUAUUUUUCCAAAGUAUCUUCUUUCGUGUUGAUGAGAGAAUUUUCAUUUCUGGGUGAACUAUCCCUUUAAAAUUUCACUGUUUUCAUACAUGACAUCACAUAGGAAAUCUGUUUAAUGAGAACCGAGCACUUUCUGAAACUGAGAUUUUUAUGCUUCAUUUAUAUCAUUGGUUAUUGUGUAAAUGUUAGUGCUAGAGACAUCUAUGCAGUGUUUACAGAACUUAUGUUGUGCAAAAUGUCUAUGUACUGUAAAUGUAAUGUGUAUAGUAUGUAUUUUAAGACAACCUGCCUUUCAUUUCCAUGGUUUUGGAUGUUGUUUUGCGCAUUCAUAUUUUACCAUGCUAUGUUGGACCCCAUAGUGACCAACGUGCACUUGCUACUGAAAAACAUACCAAGAGUGCGUUACUGCUGAUCAUGUUUUACUGUACUGAAUAACUGCUGAUAAUAUCACUGUUAAGUAGCUUACAUGGCUUGGAUAUGUGAUACUGUGAAGUAUCAAUGUGUACUGUGAAGUUCUGUUUUUGAAAUAUUUAAAUGUUACUUUAACAGUGAAGUGUUGAAUAGAGAGCAGGAGGCUAAUAUACAUAAAGUCAUAUGUGGGUGGUGCCAUAUUCACAGGAAUGCAAAAGACCUUUUUCCAAAUGUUGCCAAAUGAGUAGACGCACUCGAUGUAUGAGACAAACGAAAUCAUAAUGUGAGAAGCAUAAUGACUCGCUUUUCUAAUUCUGAAGUUGCUUUAGCUCUAAACUUAGAAGAUUUGUUCGCUGCCAAAGUUUUCUUUCUCAAAAGAGAUGCUUCUGAUCUUUUAUCUCUGGGAUUCAUCACAUUUCUCAGAUCGGCUUUCAUUUCAUGGUGAAGGACUGUUUUUGAUGUGCUUACAUACAUGUAGUCAGUCUAAUAUUAGAUGAGGGUAAAGAACUCUAUUAUUGAUCAAUGAGCAUUUUUUUUUUUUUUCAGCUGUGGAUCACAGACUGUGCUGCUGAUACUGUCACUGCAAAAAAUCACAUUCUCAAAUGUUGUUUUGUCUUAUUUCCAGUAAAAUAAAAUCUAAAUCUGCUUAAAACUUAAUAUUUUUUCUCUGAGAGAAAUAUUUAAUUUACUGUUUUAAUCAUAAAUCAAACAUAAUUUUCUGAAGUUUAUGUUUAAAGAGAUAGUUAAUUGAAAAAUUAUGUCAUUAUUUAUUCACCAAUUUUCAUUCACUGUCCCCUUAAAACAAGAAACAAACCAUUUUUCCCCCUCAUUUUAACCAUAAACUUCAUUAAAUUUUGUAUUUAUUCAUAAAGCAUGAAAGAAAAAAAAAAUCAAAAUGGAUAAAAAAAAAGUACAUUAUUUUCAUUUACACAUUUGGCAAAUGCUUUUAUUCAAAGCGACUUGUAGGCCUUGGUGUUGCAAGCGCCAUGCUUCACUGUUUAAGCUUCUGGAAUGCAUUUGACAGAUAAUGAUCUAUUAUAUAUUCUGUGAAAACAGGUCUUAUUAUCUUACACAAUUUUGAUUCAAGCUAAUUUAUCUUAUUUUAAUGAUUUUACUGGGAAAUAAGACAAAAAAGUGAUUAGGAAACAAAAGCACACUUUUAAUAGAUGAUAUAAAUGGAUGCCCAAUUACUCGCAAGUUUUAAAUCACUUACAGUACAUUCUUGUUGUUUUUAUGUCUGAAGCACACAUGGUUGUGGGUUAUUGCUGUUGUGUGUCCUAUUGAACAUACGGACAUUAACACCAUCAUCAGUGGUUAAAUAUUUCAUGCUUGGGUUUUUAACUUUUAUAUUCAUGAGGGACCAUCAGUUUUGAAAAAAAAAAGAAAAAAAUUGUGCUAUUUUAACAAUGUCCAUCUGUAUAUAACUCAAAUGUGCACACUUCAAUGAGCCGGACUUUUUUAUAUGAACUGAGAUCAAGUGUAGUAACAAAGCCAGCACUAUACAUCUCAGAUCAACGUUUGUCGAAGAUAAUCGGUUUGCCGUGAAUGCUCUUUAUGCAUUGUAAAUAGCCGUAUUGUUGGACGAUCUCAAACCUGUAGCGAAUGCCUAAGGAUGAAAUGCUGAAAUGAGAUGGACAAAGUAAGCCCUUUCUGAGCCUUUGCACCGAGGAAGAAAAGUCUCCUGCUGAAGACAAAGAUGACAGUGUUACGGAGAGGCCAUUUUCUGUCCCUAAAGCGGUUUUCACAAUGAACAUCCGUAUCAUUUUUUGGGGGGAUUAGGAACUAGUCCUUUGAACACUGUUGGACUGGAAAAACUUUAGCUAAAAGUUUCUCUCAUUCUCAAGUGUUUAAUUUUAUGAAACAAUGACAGUACAAAGAUGUAUUGUGACUAAAAAUGUGAAAUAAGAAAUGUUUAUGGUUUCAUCAUGUUGUACAAAGUGAAUCAGAGAUUGCUUAUUUAUUUACUGACCAUAAUUACCGACUUGUAUUGAUUUGUGGUCUCUCUCUCUCUCUCUCUCUCUCUCUCUCUCUCUCCACCUCUGUAUCUUUAUCUCCUGUGCACGAAUGUUGGCUGUGAGCUCUUGGUACCCUUUAAAACAGCCUUUGCAUUAUGAGUGUGUUAGCGGUGUCUGACUCAGAGCCCCUGCUGACUCACACAUGUAGGCUGGUUGCACUGACGCCGGCAUGGAGUAUGAUAUCUCCUCUAUGCAUUAUGGACUCAAAUGCGAAAUGAACCCACAUUCCUAUUGUGCUGAGGAACUCGAGGGUGUAUAGAACUGUUCUUUGCCACGUUAAUUGCCAAAACAUUGUUAUUUGCCAAAUUAUUUACUGUAGAUGUCUGUUAGUAAAAUAAAGAUGCAGAAAUAAAAUUGUUCACAGAA